AUUCAGCUUGCAGAAUCGGUUUCCGGAUUUAUCUCAUGCUUCAAGGUUUACGAAAUAGGCAGUUAAAAUGAAGCGAACUGCCGAUGUUUCACCGCAAGAGAAAGUCGAACCGGCUGAUGAUUCUGGAUUGAAAAAGACUAAAUUAGAGGAAGGUGAAUCAAAUGAGCCUUCCAGGGUUGUGCAUUUUCGCUCAUUACCUUCUGAAGCUACCGAAUUGGAUGUUAUCAAUCUCGGAAAGCCAUUUGGAGAUCUUACUAAUUUGGUUUUAGUAAAGAAGAAAAAUCAAGCUAUUUUAGAACUAUCCGAUUUAGAAAGUGCUAAGAGACUUGUAGAUUAUUACAACCGAAAGCCCGAAAUACGGAAAGGUAGACAGAUUUAUGUUCAAUUUAGUAACCGUAAAGAAAUGAAAACGGAUUCGGGUGGUAAUUUUGGAGCUGAGGCAGCCCUGCAAGCAGCCCGACACUUGAAAGUUAUCGAAUAUGAAAAGAAGUGUACAUUAGAAUUAUCACCUGAUGUUCAUGAAAAGAAAAUUCUCCGUGUAAUUGUUGAUCAUACUAAUUUCCCUGUGAAUAUCGACACUCUGUAUGAAGUUUUUUCGAAACAUGGUGAAGUACACAAAAUGGUUGCUUUCAACAAAAAUAAAUUUCCAAACCAAUUUCAAGCUCUCAUAGAAAUGGCUGAUCCCCUAUCAGCUCAAGUUGCUUUACUAAAGUUAGACGGUGAAAACAUUUAUAACGGCUGCUGUACGCUCAGAAUAGAAUUUUCAAAAAUGACUGGUCUUAGUAUUAAAUAUAAUAAUGAUAAAACCAGGGAUUUUACAAAGCGCCUACCGUCUGGUGAAGAAGAUUAUGAUAGAGAUAGAGACAGAUACGAUGCACCAAGAGGCAUGCGACCUGAUAUUGAUUCUAGGUACAGAGAUAGAGACGGUUCUGGUAGUGAGAACUCUGUUGUAAUUGUUUCGAAUUUGAAUGACGAAAUUGUUACGCCGGAUUAUUUAUUUACUCUGUUUGGUGUUUAUGGUGAUGUCCUUCGCGUGAAAGUGCUCUACCAAAAGAAAGAUACUGCCCUUAUUCAAUUUACGGAUUCAAAUGGAGCCGACUUAGCUAUUCAACAUUUAAAUAACUUAAAAAUAUGGGGACGACAAAUUCGUAUCAAUCAAUCAAAGCACAGAACCAUUCAGAUGCCGAAAGAUGGCCUACCCGAAGCACAUUUAACUAGGGACUACAGUGGGUCUCAUUUGCAUAGAUUUAGAAAAACGCAUUCUAAAAAUCAUCAUAAUAUCUAUCCACCAUCUACAACUCUUCACUUAUCAAACAUUGCUGGCGAUACGGAUGAAAGAGGAAUGAGAGAACUACUCUCUCAAUAUGGAUCAAUAAGGGAUUUUAAAUUUUUACCUGGCAAGGAUCGGGACAGAAAAGACCGCAAGAUGGCCUUGGUUCAAAUGGAUACAAUUGAAGAAGCAGUUAUUGCCCUUAUAAAUCUCCAUGAUUACCAACUUGCGGAGACAGCUCAUCUCAGAGUGUCCUUCUCUAGAGCACGAAAUGCUUUUCAGACAAGAGACGAUGGAGGCCUUGACUAAAUAAUGCUAGUCUCUGAUGGAUUUUCAGGAAACACAGUUGUUAUGUUAAACAAUCUAGAAAAUGAAUGGAAAAUAUUUCUCUGUUGAUAGUUCAAACUAAUUGAUCUCUAUCGAGUCUAUAAGAAUUUUACAAAGGUUGAUUGUUUACAGGAAGCGAAAUAUCGUUCAUAAGAAUGGGAUUAUCAUAUUGUUUUUUUUUCUACGAGGGAUAAAUAUUGUUCAUGUUAAUUUAUAAUUUGUACGUCUUCUGAAAUUUUUCCGAGUAUAUUUUUCACUUCUCUUAUGUAAAUUUGAACAUGUUCUUUAUUAAACAAAAACUCUAAGAAAGAAUCAAUGCUUACCGUUUGCUCUCCAAAAAAAAAAAUGUGCAUACGUUGAAAAUUUUCAAAUUUAGUUAUAAUAUUAUUUAGGGCAGUGCUUAAGUUUCUUUUAAAUCAAACAAGUAUUUGCGUGACCUAAUCACUGACCAGUUUACAAACUCAUAAUGUUUGUAAAUAUCUACAUUUAAAUAGCUUUUUCCAUAUCGGAAUAUUAAAAUACAUAGUUACCGUUUUGUUUAUUCAUGUGUGGAUAAUUUCUUAAAAUCUAAACUAUCAAUGAUUAUAUUCUUUGAAGCCUAUGAUUGCUAAGGUAUUAUACAUUAACAACCGUUCAAUUAGAUUCUGCCCUCACUAGUCGAACUAAAUUAGAAACUAAAGUAAAUACCCAAAGGGAA